AGGAAGCUUUCAUCGGCAUGGAGUAUUCAGGCCGCGACUGGAACGGACGUCGCGUCAUGGGAAUGGUCGAGGGCAAGUCCAUAGCAACUGCGCUCGCUGCCGACCCGACGAUGAUGUGGGAAAUUCCCGAAAGCUGGACCAUGGAAGAGGCUGCUACGGUCCCCGUGGCGUACUCGACUGCCUACUACGCACUGGUGGUGCGCGCCGACAUGCAUCCUGGAGAGUCGCUGCUAGUGCACAGUGGCAGCGGAGGCGUCGGGCAAGCUGCAAUCAGAAUCGCCCUUUCCAUGGGCUGCACAGUCUUUACCACUGUAGGGUCUCAGGAAAAGAGGGAAUUUCUCAAACGGUGCUUUCCAGUGUUACAAGACCAAAACUUUGCAAACUCACGAGAUCUUUCCUUCGCAGAACACAUCAUGUGCGAGACUAAAGGCCGGGGUGUGGACCUGGUGCUGAACUCGUUGGCCGAAGAGAAGCUGCAGGCCAGCGUAAGCUGCCUCGCAAAGCAUGGCCGCUUCGUGGAGAUCGGCAAGUUCGACCUGUUCGAGAACAACAAUCUGGGCAUGUCCGUGUUUCUCCAGGACGUCAGCUUCCACGGGGUCAUGUUGGACAGCUUGCUGCACGAUAGCACGACUGCUCUGGCUCACAAGCGCCGUGUCACAGAGCUUGUCAGCCAAGGAAUCAAAUCUGGGGUUGUACAGCCGCUGAAUGUCAUCAAGUUCACCAGACAGCAGACCGAGGAGGCGUUCCGCUUUAUUGCCUCUGGGAAACAAAUAGGCAAGGUCGUGAUCCAGAUGCGGACGGAAGAGAGCGAGCGCACGACUCGCGCGCCUCCGCUGACAGUGGAAGCAGUGGCGCGUCCCUACUUCUACCGACACAAGUCUUACGUCAUUGUCGGUGGCCUUGGUGGCUUCGGCCUCGAGCUCGCCGAGUGGAUGGUGUCUCGUGGCUGCCGCAAGCUGCUGCUGAUCUCCAGGAGCGGUAUGCGCACGGGGUACCAGAGGCUUUGUCUUCAGCGGUGGAGCCACCUGGGGGCCUCAGUGCUUCUCACCAACGACGACGUUUCGACGCAAGAAGGUGCUCGCAGGAUUAUCGCGACUGCGACAACUAUGGGACCCGUGGGCGGGAUUUUUAACUUGGCCAUGGUUCUUCGCGACGCCUUGAUCGAGAAUCAGUCGGCCGAGCUGUACGCGGAUGUGUGCAAGCCAAAAGUGCUCGGUACUCAGUGCCUCGACGACGUGUCGCGAAGUGACUGUCCCGAGCUCGAACACUUCGUCGUUUUCUCCUCCGUGGCUUGUGGUCGUGGCAACGUUGGCCAGACAAACUACGGUUUCGCGAACUCCGUCAUGGAGCGUAUAUGUGAGCGCCGUGUCGCGGACGGGCUCCCCGGGUUGGCCAUCCAGUGGGGCCCUAUCAGAGAUGUUGGUGUAGUCCACGAUGUCUUCGGCGCUGACAUGACAGUCUCAGGACUUCCGCCACAGUCGAUAAAUUCUUGUUUGGAGGUGUUGAACUACUUCCUGGGCCAACGCCACCCAGUCGUCUCGUGCUUUGUCAAGCCGAGCUUGUCCACAAAAGCGGACAGCGGGGAAAAGCGAGAUCUUCUUCAGAGCGUGUGUCACAUAAUUGGAAUCAAAGACCCAUCGAACAUGAGCCCGACCGUCAGCCUCGGCGAGCUGGGCAUCGACUCCUUGAUGACCAUCGAGGUGAAGCAACUGCUGGAGCGAGACUACGACGCUGCCCUGACUGCACAACAAAUCCGGCAGCUUAGCUUCAGUCAGCUAAGCGAGAUCAGCGAAGCCUGCAACGACAAUUCACCAGCGCCUGAUACCUCGGCUCCGGUCAAAGGACAAG